AUGCCGUCGUAUAUGGAAGAGGGGGAGUUGAAUUUGCUGGAGCAAGGGGAAAUGGCCAGACGGGUUCGGGAGUUCAACUGGGCAACUACAGGGGUUGGGCCAAGAGAUAAAUGGCCUGCGGUUCUAGCAACCGCUGUUAAUAUGAUCUUGGCUAUUCGUUUCCCGAUCGUCAUCUUCUGGGGUCCUAAAUAUGUUACGAUAUACAACGAUGCUUAUAUUGAUGUACUGGGACCGAAACACCCAUGUCUGGGGCGCACUGGAGCUGAUGUCUAUGAGGAGUUCUGGGCACAAAUCCUUCCGGAAUUCAAACGUGCCGAGCUGGGAGGGUCGGUGCUUCAAUACGAUCGCCAUCUGCCGAUGUUGAGACGCGGUUACCUGGAAGAGACCUACUUUGUGUAUACCUUGUCCCCGCUUUCUGAUUCGGAUGGGGUGGUGCAAGGAAUCAUUGGGCCAUCAUUUGAGGUCACCAAAAAGGUCUUUCAGGAACGAAGAGAAGCCUGUUUGCGAGAUUUGGGGUCCAAAUGUGGAAAAGCGCACACUGUCAGCGAUGCCGUAGGCAUGGCUUCUGCGUCGCUUCAAGACGCAAAGGCCGAUUUUCCAUUUGCGUUGGUGUACUUGAUAGAGGGAGAGGAAGAUCAAGCACAGGCGGUUCUGAGAGGCAGUUCUGGGAUACCAAUGACGCACCAUCUUGCGCCAUCGGGGAUACCACUGGGAAGGAACUUCGCAGGCAGCGGCAUUUGGCCUAUUCGCGAGGCUAUAACCUCAGGGGAAGCGUGCGAGAUCUAUGAUCUGAAUGAUCCUUCGUUACCUGGUGGCAUUUGGGAAGAGACGCCUACAGAGGCGAUUGUGCACCCAUUGUAUGGAACGCAGCUCGAUAUAAUAGGCUGCUUGGUCAUGGGAUGCAACCCGCGGCGACGGCUCGACCAGGACUACCGGAACUUCUUCACGUUGGUUACUCGUCAAAUCGGGGUCAACAUUGCCGCUGCUCGGAAUUACGAGGAGGAAAAGAAGAAGCAGGAAGCUUUAGCGGCCAUUGACAGGGCAAAGACGGCCUUCUUUAGCAAUGUCAGUCACGAGUUCAGAACUCCUUUGACUUUGAUCUUAGGUCCGCUCGAAAAAGUCUUGCGGGAAAACGAGGACCUUCCAGUCGGAGUCCGUGAGGAACUCGGGAUAGCACAGCGCAAUUCGCAACGACUGUUGAAGCUGGUCACUUCGCUGUUGGACUUCUCCCGAAUCGAGGCCGGUCGCAUGCAGGCAUCGUUUAGACCGGUGGAUUUGGCAGCGUUUGUCAGCGAUCUCGCAGGAGUGUUCCGGUCGGCUAUUGGUCGGGCGCAAUUGGAAUUUCGCAUGGAAGUCCCACCAUCAGGACGCAUUGCAUACAUUGACACGGAUCUAUUCGAAAAAGUGAUUUACAACAUGCUUUCGAACGCAAUCAAGUGCACGCUCAGAGGCAGUAUCACGGUGGGUUACAGAGAAACGGACGCGGGCCCGGAAAUCACCGUCUCGGACACGGGAUGUGGAAUCAAAUCUGAAGAUUUGCCUAAGAUUUUUGACCGAUUCUUCCGAGCUGAAGCGACUGAAAGACGGUCCACCGAAGGCAGUGGUAUCGGACUGGCCUUGACGCAGGAAUUGGUACACUUGCACGGAGGUCAAAUCCGUGCGGAAUCCAAAGUUGGAAGCGGGACUUCCUUCGUGGUAACACUCCCUUGGGGCAAGUCACAUCUCGCCAAGGAAAGCGUUACCGAGGUCGUGAACAGCCAGAGCGAUCUUGUUACGGGCGUAAGGGAUCAAUUUCUGGAAGAGGCGAUGGGAUGGCUUGGAGACGCUUCCUCCGAAGAGAAACCGGCUACACCUGAAACGGAGGCUGAGAAGUCUGAGACUACCCACGCAUACCCGGUGAGCACAGGCUCUGGGCAAUCGACACCAUUGUUCAGGCCUCCCAGCCUGCCACGGAAAUGGACAGCAACAGGCGCGCACCACAUUGCAAGCGCUUCGAAGACGUACAUUCUCGUGGCCGAUGACAAUCGCGACAUGGCCUUUUAUGUGAAGAAGCUCCUGAGCCCAAUCGCUCGCGUCCACGUGGUUCACGACGGGGAGCAGGCAUUAGCGCGGUGUCGCCAGUAUCCUCCGAGUCUCCUGCUUUCAGAUGUAAUGAUGCCUAAAAUCGACGGUCUUGAGUUGGCAAGAGCGGUUCGCGCGGACAAGUCGCUGAACUUCAUCCCCGUCAUUCUGCUUUCGGCUCGUGCGGGCGAGGAGGCUAAAGUAGAAGGGAUGGGGACCGGAGCCGAUGAUUACAUGUGCAAACCCUUCUCCGCCAAAGAGCUGAUUGCCCGAGUACGCGCUCAUCUUGAGUUGGGGAGACUGAGAAAGGAGCUGUUUGAGUUUGCCAACAUCUGCCCAGUGGGAAUCAUGCGAACAGACGCUGCAGGAGGGAAUAUUUUCCGCAGUACAAAGAUGCAGGAACUCAGUGGAACGGCCGCGCAUGAUCUGUUCCUGCAGAACGUGCAUCCGGAUGAUAUCCAAUACGUAAUGGAAAGCUGGGAUGAAUGCCGACGGCAAAAGGACCCAGGUCACAUCGAAUUCCGCUACCAGCAUCCUGAUGGUCGGGUUGUGUGUGUCCUGUCGCAAUGGACGGCGGAAGUAGACGAGUCAGGCAGAGUCAUAGGAUUCGUUGGGGCUAUUACGGACAUCACUGAGCGUACUCAGAUGCAGCAGAAGCAGCUGAAAGAGGUUGAAGAUGACCGAGUAGCUUUGGAUCGGCUCAUUGACAUGAUCUGCCAUGAAAUCCGGAAUCCAUUGAAUGCUAUCUACAACAAUACAGAUCUGUUGAGAACAGGGGUGCAACGACGCCGUGAUAUUCUCGCAAGAAUCCUCUCUGGCGCCACAUACAGUAUAGACUCAGCCACCGAUCAAUUUGCUUUUGACGAAGAGUGCCUCGACGCCAUUGAAAGCGCUGCGCGACAUCAGCGAGUCAUUGCCGAUGACGUGCUGCAUCUAUCCAAACUCAGGAACGGGCCAAUGGCUAUGAACAACAAGCUUUUCGACCCACUAGAGAUAUUGGGCAGCGUCGUUCAGAUGUUCAGGGCGGAAUGCGUCAACAAGGGCGUGAAGCUUGACACUGAGGUUGAAUGGGAAGUUGGCCAGGUGUGGGGAGAUCCCGCUCGAAUCAAGCAGAUCCUCAUCAACUUAUUGUCGAACGCGGUGAAGUUCACGCAACACUCGGAGAAGAAGAGCAUCAUUCUCAGAGUCUAUCAACUACAGAGUGAAGAAGGGUCCUCGCUGCGACUCGCUUUCAAGGUCAUUGAUACAGGCAUUGGGAUGUCCGCCGCCGCGCAAGGGAAACUUUUCAAACGCUUUUCCCAAGUUGGCCUUCGGACGCAUCAAGAUUAUGGAGGCAGCGGUUUGGGCCUUCAUAUUUCUAGGCAAAUGAUCCAAGUGAUGGGUGGAGAAAUCGGGGUAGAAUCCGAGCUGGGCAAAGGAACAACAUUCUGGUUCUACGUCUGUGUGGAGUUAGACCAGAAAGAAGACCUCGGAAGCGAUCACGGUGACAGCGUAGGGUCGUCCAUAACUGCGAAGCAACCCCCGAACGGGAUGGAUCUGAGCAAAACCAAAACGGACGCGCCCGUGGAAGCUGUCAACGGUCUCUCGCCGACUAAGGAAAGCGACCGUGGCACGCCGAUUUGCGUGCUUGUAGUGGAAGACAACCUGAUCAACCAGCGAGUCAUCAAACGCCAACUCGAGCUUGCGGGAUACAAGACUUAUUUGGCGAACGACGGCUCGGAAGCCGUGAUGUUAGUGAACUUACAUCGGGAAGAAAUUGAUGUCAUCCUGAUGGAUGUCGAAAUGCCAAUUAUGGACGGCAUAGAAGCCACCCGCCGCAUCCGACAAAGCGAGUCGCAUCCCAACAGCUCGCCAAAUGUCGGUGACACAGUGGGGACACAAAAGUCUGAUGGCGAAGAAUUCGCGAAAAACGAGCUAUGCCCGUCAUCGCUUCCGAUUCUAGGUCUGAGUGGCAAUGCGCGCACGGAGCAUCGCGACGUAGCGGUUCGUGCCGGCAUGAACGAUUACGUUGUGAAACCGUACGAGAAAGCGUCACUCUUCAAGCUGAUAACAUCGUAUGCGACCAAGCGAAGAGAGAAUAGAGAGUUGUGGACAUGA